AUGGAGAGGCAAAAUCCACUUAUCAACUUGAGUCCUUACUUUCCGCCUCAGCCUGCCCCAUUGGGGUGGCAGACUCGGAGGCUUGCCCGUCAUGGCUUCCUAAGCAAUCGCUGGGGCCUUCAAAGACACCGCCUGCCCCAACUUAUAUUGAUGCCCACCGCUGGGUCUAUCAGCAUGUCGCAUGGAAGAAACCGCUUGAACUCAGCAGCUCAUCGGGGGCUGGGCGCAGAGAAUCGCCAGGAAGAGAUCCCGCCAGCAUUGGACGCCAAACUUCGGGCGCUUCAAGUCGGGCUACAAGGUGUGAUGGACAGCAUACGACAACCAGAGAAGACGGCAGACACUGUUUCCAAACAAUUUACCGUAGACAUCAACAGACUAGUCGAUGUACAGCCCGAGACAGGAACGUGGAAGCGUUUAGGGAAGAUCCAUGAAGCUCUGGACGCCAACGGGGAAUGUCUGCAUCGUCUUGAGGUUGAGAGCCUGGAAAGAGAGAGGAGGCUAGAUAAGGAACGGCUAAAAAAGACGGAGAUGGAGUUGCACGCGGCAAAUUCGCAGAUGGAACAGCUGGCAAAUGAUCUCGCCCAGGCCCAGCUUAAGAAGCUCACACACCGGGAAGAGGCGGAUGAGAUCAAGAAGGAGGCUGCGGAUCCUGACAAAGCCAUUCAGGCUGCGUUCCUGAGCUUGCGGCAGUCCGUCCUGGACUUCACCAGUAGUUCCGCGCUCCAACUGGGUCAGCUUCCGGACGCUUCUUCUCCUGUGGACAGCUUGUUCCAUCCCCGCACCUGGAACUGCGCCAGUGUAUCUCAGCGAAGGCAGCGUGUCAUGGCCACAGUCUUUCACCUGCUCUUCCGGCUGAUCCUCAGACCCGGCCUGCGUAUUUUCGGGCUUCGGGCAUUCCUUAAAAGCGAUGAACAUUCCAUUUCCGCAUCAGAGGCUCAUCUUCGGUCCCUGGAAAAGGAGUUGGAGGCUCAAGGAGUUGAUAGCACAACCCUCCACGCCUGGAUCGCCGCAACAAUCGACAUUACCGCGUCUCUCCGAGAUAUACCGAAACACAUCGAGCGCGUCACACAGCAGAUCUUCGAGGCUCUGCAGCCGGUGAUGCGUAAGCUCACCUUCAGCCGUAACACCGACAAGGUCAAGGCCCGCAUCUCUGCCAUCUGCGAGGAGGCUGUCCAACUGAAGCUGGCCAUGAGAGUAGCAGACGGCAGCUACAAGAUUGAGGCCCCUUCUCGAGACUCAAAGAGGUGGGGGAAACCAGGGUGCGACCAAGAGACCAGAGCUUUGAAGCCGAGGCUAUGGCUUCAGGUGGUAGACCAUGAAAUGGAGCCCGGCGGUGACAGCAGGGCCGAUGGUAGUGGCACCCAUGCCAGAGAAACAACCGGGGACAUUGCGUGUAUUCCUUUUGGAGCUCUGACGAAGCUUAAGAAGGGCCAAGACGGAGGGACGGAGAAAGUUAUUCUGGAAAAAGGGUGGGUGAUCGCCAGAAGAGGAGACCGGGAGCUAAAGCGGAAGGCUUCCGUCGCGGCCGUCGAAGAGGGGAGACCGAAGAAACGGAUCGGGUCCAAUCAUCCUGUCCCGCUAGGGCAGUUGGCAAGAAUCAAGGCAUUGAUGGGCGGAGAGCGAAGGACUGCUGGCACAUCCACUCCCAAUCAGGAGUCAUAGACUGUAUUAUCAUCGUGAUUUACACACCAGGUUGGAGAAGGAGUAGGAGUUAGGUGUAGGCUUGCCGCAUAGGUACUAAUCUUGUUG